AUGCUCCCGCUCCAGGCCAUCGACGGCCCAGCCGUUCUUCCACCGCCAGACCAAUCCAGUGCCCUCGCAAUUGCCGAGGUGGGCGAGAAUCGCAACCAGAAGCCCAAGACAUUGCCUUGCAAGUACUGUAGCAAGCGAUUCAGACGCGUCGAACAUGUCCAGAGACAUGAGAGGACACAUACCAAAGAGAAGCCCUUCUCCUGCGGCUGGGACCGCUGUGGGAAAACCUUUGGGCGCCGUGAUCUUCUCGUCCGGCACGAGAAGCUUGUUCACCUAAAUGAAGGGCAUAAAGAUGCCUCCAGACCAAGGAAGCUCUCUGGCACGUCUUUGCACAAGCCAUCUCUCUCUGAUAGCCAUGUCGAACUCGAUGUCAUGGGGAUUCACAGGCUGCGGCCGCCCCCUCCCCCUCCUCCUACCACCACUACGUUGCUUCCUCCACAACCAUCGCCGCCGCAACAACAGCAGCAGCAGCAUCAGCAUCAGCCCCAGGCGCCUCCCCCGCCAUAUCAUCAUGGGCCCAUGGGUUCAGAUGCUGGAAGCCAUCUAGGCCAGCAAGACCCGCAAGCAGCGGCCCGAACCGCAGCUUGCAACCUUGAUCUCCUUUCUGAUGCUGCGUUGGCCAGCGAGGUCAACACCAUGCAACCCUUGCUGAACGGCAUAUCCCAGCAGCCCCCAACUCACUCUAGAGUCAAGAGCUAUCCAGAUACGAUUGAGGGAUAUGCUGAGCGUGCGCGAGCAGAUCCGCCAAUUCUGGCAGCUGGAUUUGGCCCUCAGCCUCAACAGCCGGCGUACGAGGACUAUAACCUGUUCCUUGACGACUACACGACGCCGCAGCACUUCCUCCCUCCGCACUUUGAGCCUGAUCAGCAAAUGAACUUUUUUGCUCGAUCUCCGGCCGUGUUUCAGCGUGGCGGCUCAAAGCCGAGUUCACAACUUCCCUCUCGCUUCGGGUCUCUUGCCCCUGAUGUACAGGAGCCCAGCUCUCGAAUACACGAGGAGACAUCGCGAUCCCCUCUUCGCAUCUCUGUGGUUGACCACGGCAUCAUUAAGAACCGUCUAGAAGAGUUCUCGGCCGUGCUGCCGACUGAUUUCGUCUUCCCUUCUCGCUAUACACUCACCCGCUUCUUGGAAGGAUAUAUUGGGGGUUUUCAUGAACAGCUGCCCUUUUUGCAUUUGCCUACGUUGUCCCCCACAGAGCUCGCACCCGAGCUGCUUCUGGCCAUCCUGUCCGUUGGAGCACAGUACAGGUUCGAGAGUAAGAGGGGGUAUGCCCUCUGGUAUGCCGCCAAAGCGGUUGCAAUGGAGCAGAUACGACGACGACAUAGCUCGGAAAUCCAUGCUCUCUUGCCAAAUGCGUCCUCUUAUAGUCCUCACUCGACACGGCCUUCUCCCAGCACUUCUUACAGACAUUCAUUUGCUUCUGCCCAGUCAGAGAGGCCGAUAACUCAAGACACUCACCGGGAGCCUUAUUCUCCAAACACGCCCCAGUCUCGGCUGGAAACAAUCCAGGCUGUUCUGCUGCUCUUCUCUGUUGGACUUUGGGGAGCCAAGACAAUUCUGAACGAGGCACUCUCUCUGCAGAGCACCCUGGCUAUCCUGAUUCGAGAAGAGGGGCUUACUGAAGACAUCAGCCAAGCAAGCGUCACGGACUGGGAUGCUUGGAUUAAGCGCGAAGGGGCUACUAGGACUAAGCUGAUUGCCUACUCUUUCUUUAACCUUUGUAGCAUUGCAUAUGACUUGCCACCUCUGUUGGUCACGUCGGAACUCAGACUCUCUUUGCCUCUUCCUGCUAGACUUUGGAGGGCUGAGACUGCCUGGCAAUGGCAAGAGCUGCGGCAGUCUACACCAAUGGUGGAGAUUACGGUUCACGAGGCCAUUGCUCGGUUGUUUGGCCGGACAAACCAGGGGCUGCCGAACCACCUAUCGUCGCUGGGCUUUUACGUCCUCAUCCAUGUGCUCAUCCAGCACGUGUAUUUCUUGAAGCAAACUUCACUGGCAGCCGGCUUGCCGUUUGAAACACAACGCACCUUGAAGCCGGAGGAUGUGGAAGAAGUCACUCAGGCGCUGCGGGUAUGGCAUACCACGGUUGAGCAGCACCACUAUCUUCUUGCCACAGGAUCAGGGCCUUUUGCCAGCACAGACUUUUCUCCUGGUGGCCUGUUGGCCUACAACGCGACAGCCCUUCUGCGCCUCGCAUACAUCCGGCUAUACAGCGACACCCCUCCAAGCAGAGAGCUGCAGACAAGGGAUUCGAUGUUGAUGGCAUCGGCUAUGAUUUCCACCCCAUUGGUUGUGCGCAGCGUGCGACUCCAUGGGGCGGUAUUUCAGGCCGUUCACGCAUUGUCUAUGCUGGUCAAGGCUGGUGUCAACUAUGUCGCGAGGACCAAGUCUACAGAAUGGAGCAUUCAGCAUUCGCUAUGUAAUUUUGAGUGCGCCCUGCUUCUAGCCAAGUGGCUCUUGACGCUGGCGUCCCUUACGCCGUCUGAUGCUCCCAUUAGCCUCGACGAGAGGAAUCUCUUGGAGACGGUGAGGAGAAUGUUGGACGAAACUGAAUUCGCCGUCCCUGUUGAUCCAUCUUUGUCUGGCGCAAAUGCGAACCCGCAGAUGGAAACAGCAACUACAGACCCGAUGAAGUUGAGACAGCUGGCGAGCGCGGUAGUACGCCUCUGGGCGGAAACCUUCAAGGGCACGCACAUCUUUGAUAUGAUCAAGACAAUGGGCGCCAGCUUGGACGGAUACGCUGAUUUGGUGGACAAGCCGAGGGAUCGCGUAGCUUUGGCACCCACUGCGAGCAUAAACUAA